AUGGAAGGUAUCAAGGCAGUGAACCUCAUCACCUGUGAGGGAGAAACUGCCAAACCCACCUGUGCACAGGGAACCAUUAAAGUGCUUUCAGCCAAUUACGGGCGUACAGACAGCACAACCUGCUCUAGUGGAAGACCAGCUGGUCAGAUCUCAAAUGUUCAGUGCACUCAGAAUACAACACUAAGUCUGCUGACCACUCAAUGUGAUGGAAAGCAAAAUUGUUUUAUUGUUGUGGGGAAUACAGUUUUCACUGACCCCUGUUUUGGAACUUACAAAUACCUGAAUGUUUCUUAUGAGUGUAUCCUACCACCACCACCACCACCACCACCACCACCAAACCAGGGAACCAUAAAAGUGCUUUCAGCCAAUUACGGGCGUGCAGACAAGACAACCUGCUCUAGUGGAAGACCGGCUGGUCAGAUCUCAAAUGUUCAGUGCACUCAGAAUACAACACUAAGUGUGCUGACCACUCAAUGUGAUGGAAAGCAGAAUUGUUCUGUUGCUGUGGGGAAUAUGGCUUUUACUGACCCCUGUCCCGGAACUUACAAAUACCUUAAUGUGACUUUUGACUGUAUCCUACCACCACCACCAAGACCAAACCAAUCAAAAUGUAGUGGGAAGAGAUCUCUGGACCUGGAUCCAGCCCCGCCCCCUGGAUCUGAAUCCAACCCCGCCCCCUGGAUGUUGUGUUCUGCAGUGCAGCGCUACUGGCCAUCUUGGCGCACGUCACCGCGCAUCACUCAUGGAUAUCCGAAAAUGAGUAAAGAGGCGGGACGUGGGUGA